GGGAGCACUUUUAUUAUAACAGAACGGCUAUUUCGCUUCUAACUGUACGCCUAAUGAAGAAGCGAAAACUUUCAUUUGUGAACCUCACUUCUACAUUGACGCUACAAAGCCUGCAAACGUCAUUAAGGAUCUGGAGAGAUCUAAUCGAUGACGCAAUCGGAUACGCUCUUCUGACACACCACAACGGCCAACUCUCAAGAAACCGGACAUAUUUAAUUAUCCGUUUAAUGCUCCCCAGAACGGCUCCCUCUCGAUCAACCGCAGAGAAUGAGUGCGUAAGGAUUUCAGAUCCUGUUUGGAUCAGGUCGAUUUUUGUCGAAAAGGCCGUGCCAGAACUAGUUUGUUUCAUCAGAAAAAUUAAAGCUCUGGAUAUCAACUUCAAGCGCGAUGGAUUUAGCCUUGGCCCGAGAGUGUGGGAGAGUUAUUCUACGACACUUACAUACCCAGUCCAAACACAGACUGGAAAUCGGCAUUUUCCUGCCAUUCUUGGUGGAUUUUCACGAAAAGUGAAAUUUAAUCAACGAGGUUAUACCUUCAUCUUAGAAUUGACGGCUCGCAAGCAGGCGUCGGCAAGAUUUGCUGUCUAGGUUGACUAUCAGUUACACAACCAAAGAGUAGUUGCUACACCAACCGUCACGGUUAUCAACAUUGGAGGGCAGCUGUAUCUAGGAAAUGCGAUGCAGUUAGCGUAACACCCGACAGCACGAAGCGAAUACGCCCCGUGUGAUCUCCUUGAUGAGUAUGGAAGAGCAAUUCCGAUAAAGGGCAUUGUUCGAGUACAUGAAUUUAACAGUUACUGGAUUCAUGCUGAAGAUAACGAUUUCGACAAGCCACCGCCUCGCCUGGCUGGAGAAAUCUUAACUAUGCAACUUGAUACUAUUACAGCCA